AUGUAAGCAGGUAUUCCUUUGAGCCAUUUGAUGACUACUCAUUGCCCAAAGUGGAUCAGGAUUGGAGCUCAAUAGUUGUUGGCAAUUUUGAGAAAGCCACUUUGGGUUCAUUCCUGCAUGAAAGAUAUGAAAAUCGAGCAACAUUGGGCACAAAAGGAGUGGAGGGCGUUGUAGUGACCAUGUGUCUUCAGGGGUGCAGAUACAAUUAUCUGGAACGAAUUGCUUAUGCCAAGACCAUUGCCAUUGUUGACAUUGUGAUUAAUUUCGUGUUCAUCGCAGGCAUCCUCAUUUGCAGGCCCAUGAUCCGAGGACAACCAAAUUUGGGGCAAUCAUGUCUAUGGCAUUUAGUAUUGAUUAUAUCAGAUGGUCUUCUAAUCUAUGGACUCAACAAAUGCAAACUAACUUUCAUUGCGUUGUGGAAAACCAUUCUGUUCCUAAAAGUGGUAGUGAAUUUGACCUUGGUGAUACUUUUGGCAGUGUUUGCAUUGUCAAACAUGGAGGGGUUCAUCCCGUACAUAAUCCGACCGGAUGGUACCUCUCACAUGGCCUCCAUCUUAUUUUGGUUCACCUUCAUAUCUUUUGGUGCUCUAGUAGCCAUGCUUCCGUUUGACAUCUUUUUCUUGGCCUCUGUGAAUAAGGCAACCUUCGAGAUGCUGGCCUGGUUGCCAUCGUCGACAGAGUCCUUGUUGACCGAAGCCAUGCGACACCGAGCUGGAGGAAUGUCUUCUGAAGACCCAAAAAAUCGGCAAUUGGGGAUUCAAGAAUCUUGGCUCCAUCAGGAUAUCAUUACCCGAGCGCCAAGGCCACGAUCCCAUGUUCUUUCCCAAACGCAACCCGUUGGUUCGAUCGAUAAUGGUAGUAACGGGUUCGAUAAUCCCAUGAAGCCUUUUAUGCCUAUGUAUUUGCCACAUCCAGCAUUGCGGUAUUCGGCCAACUUUAAUCAGGUAUCGCCCUCUCCUUUCCCCAAUAAUCUAGCCGUGUGGCAAGGAUGAUGUGUCACAUCUAGCUCUUCAAAAUCAAAUCUGUGAUCGAAACGUGUCAUAUACCUAUAUUUCGUCAACACUCUCAAUAAAAAAACCGAUUGAUUUAA